UUUCUACAGGAUGAAAUAGGAGCAGAAGAGAGUUUUCCUUGAAUGGUGCGCAGUGUGUCUUUGGUUUCCAACAUGCAAGAGACUUCACAUUUGUCACUGGAGAAGUGUAACAGUCCGGCCAAUGGUAACAAUGCAUAUGAUUCAGAUGAAGGUUCAAGCAUGGAAGAUCCCGACUUUAAUUGGGGUGAAUAUUUGGAAGAAACAGGCGCAGUUGCUGCCCCUCAUACAUCAUUCAAACAUGUGGAAAUCAGCCUUCAGAGCAGCUUCCAGCCUGGGAUGAAGUUAGAAGUAGCUAACAAGAACAAUCCGGACACAUAUUGGGUGGCGACCAUCAUAACCACAUGUGGACAGCUCCUGCUGCUGCGGUACUGUGGCUACGGAGAAGAUCGAAAGGCCGAUUUCUGGUGUGAUGUGAUGACGGCUGACCUUCAUCCGGUGGGAUGGUGUACUCAGAACAACAAGGUGUUGAUGCCCCCAGAUGCCAUCAAAGAGAAGUACACAGACUGGACGGAUUUUCUUAUACAUGAUUUGACUGGCUCUCGAACAGCACCCGCCAAUUUACUGGAAGGUCCUCUGCGAGGGAAAAACCCUGUAGACCUCAUUACAGUUGAUUCCUUAAUAGAACUUCAGGAUUCUCAGAACCCCUUUCAGUACUGGAUAGUUAGUGUGAUUGAAAAUGUUGGAGGAAGAUUACGCCUUCGCUAUGUGGGAUUGGAGGAGGCUGAAUCCUAUGACCAGUGGUUGUUUUACUUGGAUUACAGACUUCGACCAGUCGGUUGGUGUCAAGAGAAUAAAUACAGAAUGGACCCACCUUCAGAAAUCUAUUCUUUGAAGACAACAUCUGAAUGGAAAUGUGCUCUGGAAAAAUCUCUUAAUGAUGCUGCAAAAUUUCCUCUUCCAAUGGAAGUGUUCAAGGAUCAUGCGGAUUUACGAAGCCAUUUCUUCACAGUUGGUAUGAAACUGGAGGCAGUGGAUAUGAGCGAGCCCUUUAAUAUCUGUCCUGCAUCAGUGACUAAGGUUUUUAACAAUCAUUAUUUGCAAGUGACUAUUGAUGACUUGAGACCAGAAGCUAAAAAAAUCUCAGUGCUGUGCCAUGCAGAUUCCUUAGGGAUUUUACCUGUACAGUGGUGCCUUAAAAAUGGAGUCAACCUCACACCACCCAAGGGUUAUGCUGGCCAGGACUUUGACUGGGCAGAUUAUCAGAAACAGCAUGGUGCCGAGGCCGCGCCUCAUUUCUGUUUUAGAAAUACAUCAUUCAGCCGUGGUUUUACAAAGAACAUGAAGCUUGAAGUUGUGAAUCCCAGGAACCCGGGGGAACUCUGUGUGGCCUCUAUCAUCAGUGUGAAGGGAAGGUUGAUGUGGCUUCACCUGGAAGGCUUACAGCCUCCUGUUCCUGAGUACAUUGUUGAUGUAGAGUCUAUGGACAUCUUCCCAGUUGGCUGGUGUGAAGCAAAUGCUUAUCCCUUAACUCCACCACAUAAAGCAGUUUUACAAAAGAAGAGAAAGAUUGCGGUUGUACAACCUGAAAAACAAUUGCCAUCCACAGUGCCUGUUGAGAAAAUACCUCAUGAUCUUUGUUCAUUUCCUCAGCCAGACACAACAGGUACCGUCAAUGGAAAAUACUGCUGCCCUCAGCUUUUCAUCAACCACCGGUGUUUCUCAGGCCCCUACCUGAACAAAGGAAGAAUCGCAGAGCUACCUCAAUCUGUCGGACCUGGCAAAUGCGUGCUGGUUCUUAAAGAGGUUCUUAGCAUGGUAAUUAAUGCAGCUUACAAGCCGGGAAGGGUACUGAGGGAACUACAGCUUGUGGAAGACCCACAAUGGAAUUUCCAGGAGGAGACCCUGAAAGCAAAGUACAGAGGUAAAACAUACAGGGCAGUUGUCAAGAUUGUACGAACGUCUGACCAAGUAGCAGAUUUCUGCAAGAGAGUUUGUGCCAAGCUGGAAUGCUGUCCAAAUCUGUUUAGUCCUGUUCUGGUUACUGAAAUCUGCCCAGAAAACUGUUCCAUCCACACCAAAACCAAAUACACUUAUUAUUAUGGAAAGAGAAGGAAAAUUGUCAAACCUCCAAUUGGAGAAAACAAUACUGACAUUGGGCCCCCUAAGCCAGCAAGGCGGAGGAAACGACGGAAAUCCAUUUUUGUGCAGAAAAAAAGGCGAUCCUCCACAGUAGACUUUGCAGCAGGAUCAGCAGAGGAAAGUGAAGAAGAGGAUCCAGAUGCCAUGGAAGAAGACACAGGGAGUGAGGAAACCAGCUCAGAGCUUCGGGAUGACCAGACCGAUACUUCCUCAGCCGAUGUCCCCUCUGCCCGUCCCCGCAGAGCCGUCACGUUACGGAGCAGCACAGAAUUAGAUCGGCCUCCUCCUGUGGAAAGGGCCAGGAGAAGCCGCAAAGCACAGGCGUUCUCCUGUGCCGAAGGAGAGAAGUGCACCCAGGUCAAACAGGAGAGGCCAGAGGAAGUAAAACACGAAGAGGAGGAAAAGCUUGUUCUGGAGAGUAACCCAUUAGAGUGGACGGUGACAGAUGUUGUGAGGUUUAUUAAACUGACAGAUUGUGCUCCCUUGGCCAAAAUAUUUCAGGAACAGGAUAUUGACGGCCAAGCACUCCUACUGUUGACGCUCCCCACAGUGCAGGAGUGCAUGGAGCUGAAACUGGGGCCUGCCAUCAAGCUUUGCCAUCAGAUCGAAAGAGUCAAAGUUGCAUUCUAUGCACAAUAUGCCAACUAACUUCAGCCCUUCCCAUCUUGCUAGCAUGGGGGACAGGCUUUCUUCUGCCUGCAGACAUUUGAAAUUGAAGCACUAAGAAAUAUCUCAGUGUGACAAAGACCCAGACUUCUCAACUGAUCUCUGACCCCUCCCUGCAUUUAUUUAAUAUGUCUCUGUUUUUAAAGCACACUGAAAUACCACAGCGACCGCUUUCUGAGAGCAUACUUUGCUGUUUCCUAAUGUGACAUCCCAUGAUAUAGCAAAAGCUUAGGGAACGUUGCUCCCCUUUCCCCACUAAACCCACAGCGCCUUCUGACCGAGGUUUCCUACGCUGUUCAAGAGAAAGGUUAGGAGUCAGUAGUGUGUUUUUCUGUAGUUAUGUGGGAUACCUACCAGGCAAUUAGAAAAGGUACAAGUCAGCCUCGAGCAAAUUUGUCCAUACUUCUUUCAUAUUGAAAUGUGUGUGAUCACAUCUUCAAGUGACUUUUGCAAUUUGAUCCUAGCGAUCAACACAUUUCGGUCACAUUUAUGACACGAGUGUUGAUAAAUAUGUAUUAAAGCAGGAUGUGGUUAUGAAAAAGACCAGCUAAUCCUCUAGUUUUGUCAGCGCUCUUAAAAGUGUGAGCACUGGAAAGGGGAGCGGGGAUCUAGAAAAGGUAUGCAGAGACGCAUAGUGUUCACAACUCUUAAUGAAAUAAAGCUUGGCCCCUUUAAUUUGUCUGUAACCAGAUCAGGAAAGGGGUUCUUAUAAUUCUCCUAGGGAAGUUGAACUACAGGACAACAUAUUGAAAGGAGUUGCUUAAGCAUCCCAAAAUAAGGAAAUGGAACAUUUCAGAUAAGGUGUCAUUUGAGACUUCUGUCACAGACAACCUGAAAUUCCUUGGGGUGGAGUUCCAUAGUGUGUUACCUAUCAGCUUGGAAUGGCUUUGUUUCAGUUAAAUAGCCCAGAUUUCACAGAUCACUUCAACACAGUGAGUGACAGAUGUAACGAUGAUUACUGUGAACCGAAAGCCCUCUGCUCUCUACUCACUUGCUGUCCUUUCUCUUAAUGGCAUUAUCUGGGUAGACAAAACUGGACCCCCGUAACCCAUCCCCCAGUAACGCUAUAGCCACAACGCCAUCCACAUCCCCAACCCGACCACUUGGAACUUUCUGCAAAUAUUAAGAAUUAAAGAAGCAGACCACCUCUAUAGACCUUUGUGUGGCUCCAGGAUAAGAGUGCUCUCGGACCAAAAGAAUCGUGUAUGAGAUCCGAUCAAUAACUCAAGCAUUCAUCAAGACAUGGAAGUUUCUUAAAGAAUUAUUAUAACCUGUUGUGAUUUUAAUCCGCUGAAUUUUUAGAAAAAUAUUUGAAAUUAGCGACAAGUCCUAAAUUAUUCAAAAGCUGAGCUCCACAACAGUGGCUUCACUUCACAUCUUCAGUUACUGCCUUAUCCAAAAUAGCUAUUUUGAUCUUUUCCCCACCCAAAAUUUGGUCUCAGCACUGGCAACGUAUGUAACUAUGAUCUGGGCUCGCUCCUGUAUCUGCCAUGGGAAUAGUUCAUUGGUUAAACUUUCUCUGGUAAGUCAGAUUAGAAAUGCUGGCCUUUAUUCAGCAUUUUGGGACUGGCAUAGACAAAAGUGAGAAAUUACAUGUAUAUCUUCUGCUUUUGAGAUGUGUUUGUCUCAGCCUAAAGUUAGUGUUUACAGCCAUGUUAUAAACCUUUAACAAAUGGACUUUUGUGUAGAGAACCCUGAUGGAGCAUCAUGUAGAACAAUGCUUGUUGACAUCGUAAUGCUAGAAAAAUGCCUUGUGAUGCAUCAUUGGUUUGUAGUAGUCUUACUGAAUUUUCCAAGCUAGUUUUGAUCUCUCUUUGGGUUUCCUAGCCCUGUGUCCUCAGCCUCCUUGGCUCAAAAUACAGUAUCAUGCAAUUAAACAUUGCUGAGAGAUUUCAAGAAUCCCGGCC